AUGGACAUGAAUUUGUCAGCGCGUUGUGCUUUGGUUCUUUUUCUGUUGGCAUUUGUAGAUUUGAAAAUAGUCUCUGCUGCAGAAACGGGAGGCACAUCUACAGCAAAGCCUGGAGUGUGCCCUCGUAGACCAUGGGGCGUAGGGACGUGUGCAGAGUUCUGUUCCAAUGACAGUGACUGCCCCAAUGAUGAAAAAUGCUGCUACAAUGGAUGUGGGCAUAACUGCAUUGCACCGUACACAGCAAAGCCUGGAGUGUGCCCUCGUAGACCAUGGGGCGUAGGGACAUGUGCAGAGUUCUGUUUCAAUGACAGUGACUGCCCCAAUGAUGAAAAAUGCUGCUACAAUGGAUGUGGGCAUAACUGCAUUGCACCGUACACAGCAAAGCCUGGAGUGUGCCCUCGUAGACGAUGGGGCGAAGGGACGUGUGUGGAGUUCUGUUCCAAUGACAGUGACUGCCCCAAUGAUGAAAAAUGCUGCCACAAUGGAUGUGGGCAUGACUGCAUUGCACCGACACAGUGAAGCCCGGUCGCUGUGUCCUGCCCAACGGGACCUACAUGUGUGCCGAGUACUGUUACAAAGAUGGCCAGUGCCCCGAGGAACAGAUGUGUUUCCAGAUAUGUUGAUUCUAUGCCUGCAGUGAGCCAUUGAAGCUUUAUUGGAAAUUCUUAUUAGUUAUAAGAAAUAAGUAGAAAAUACAAAUCAUUACAUGUACAAUUAUGUCUAUGAAAACUGAUGAUUUUAUGCAAUAAUAAAUAUGAAAAAUGAUCAUAGCUUUUAUGGAAACUGGACAAUUUUCAUGGGCAGUAUGUGAAUUGACAAACUCAUGUGGACUGCUGAAUUUGAAUAAAACAAGAUUUUGAAC